AUGUUAGGAAAUAAGUUGCGUUUGAUAAAGGCUGUUCCCUUAGUGAUAUUUACAGCGAUCUUGCUUGUUCUUAUUUGUUACGAUUUUGAAAAUAAGUUUACAAGGAAUUAUGUUCCAGCAACCGCGAACCUUUCUAGUGUAAGCCGGACGCGAAACACAGUGAAGAUAAAGUUCAGACACUGUAAAGCUCUCUUUAGCCUCGAGAGUCCAGCACCUGAAGAGAAGAUUGAAUAUAUUUAUACGGAAAAGAUUCUUCCCAAUGAGACGGUUGGAGAUGUACUCCAUCGAAAGGAAGGAGCGAAGCGAAAGGAAGAAGUGACAGGCAUUUAUCGUGAUAUCAAUGAUGUCUUGAAGAAGAUUCGGAACUUUAAGUAUUCAGAGCCCGAGAAAUACCUCAAUGAGGCCUAUCACCUUCUGGCUGAAUUGUUACCUGGCGUUGUUGAAUACGAUUCAUCCUCUGAGAAUGAACGCGAGUCGAGGGAACAACGAAAUCAAUCCAGAGACAAAUCGAAGCACGAAACUGAUCGAAGGUCAAAACAUGUUCAACAGAGAACCUCUUCCAGAAUCGUAGAAGGGACGCUUCCAUUCGUUCCCUGUUCCAUCAGAGGCUACGAGGACAAACGCCAGGUCUUCACUUGCUUCCAGAGACGGAUCGACGUCCAAGGCUCUCUCUCCAUCCAUUUCUUUGGCGACUCCAAGAUACGAAAUUUGUUACACAACUUAUUGAAUCAAAUCGACAACGUGUUCCAUUUCGUCACUGUAUCGAAGAAUGUGACUCGUCUCUGGAGUAAAGCCAGAAGCAUCCUUAUGGCUGGUAAAAAGUGGUCAGAUGUCGAAAUUGUUACUCCAGUCUUGCCAGACUUACGAAUAUCACUUAGUUUUCGUACGUUUAGGGAUUCGGUGAAUCUGCGAGAAGACCUCCCCGAAAUUCAGCAGCUGAGGAAGUGGGCCAAUUUAGAGGAACCACCGCCUGACCUUCUGAUCCUUGACUAUACUGCUUGGAGUCUUGAACUGCACAAUACCGGAGUUUACGCCGAAGAAUACAGGCACACCAUCGACGUUCUGGCGAUUUUGUUAGAAUUGCACGCGAGAGUAGUUCCCCUCCUGGAUAAAAUAUCCAAGAGGACAAGAGUUCUGGUGCUGCCGCAGAGUCGAAUGAGACCAAAUGGGGAGAAACUUACUUCCUACUUUCGCGGCGCCAUGGCAGACUUCAAUUUGGACUGGAGCGAAAGCACAUUCCUGUACAUUCUGCAACACCUCGACCUGGACUUCAAGUCGUUGUUGGAAUCUCGCCUCUCUAUAACGAAGGAAAUAUUGCGAAUCUCGGAAGGUCAUGCUACAUGGGAGUCCCUUUCUACCCAGUCAAAAGCAAAUACUAUUUGGAAGCCUUCCAACGGCACGACAAAGGCAGAAAAUGAAUCUUCUUUAAACUCAGAAGCGUCUUAUUCAGACCAGUCGACUACUGGGUCUCCUGCGUCUGAUGGAGGUAUUUUAUCAACCAGACAUCCAAGAGUAACCCAACAAACUAUAGUAAACAAAGCCUCUAAGGCAACAGCAUCUCGUGAUUACCUCAUCCCUUCAGAAGAGGAUUCGGGACUGUGGUUUUGGGACGCCAUGCUGCCCUUGAACUUGGCUGAAAUUCAGGAAUGCGAGCAGUUGGUCGAGGGAGGGUUGACCGAAGAGCCUCUUUACAAGGGCGGUGCCCUUAGGUGUCUCGACGCGGUCCAUGCGGGUGAAAUUACCAGCGGCGAUUUGUCAACGAUGUUGCUUAAUCUCCUGUGCAAUAGUGUCUUGGAGACAGGAGACGAUUACUGCUGCUCUUGA